GACUACCUAUUCCUAAAAUGGCCGGUCCGAUCAAAUAAGGGAGUUAGGCUCCGAAUGUUUUACCAUGGACGUCUCAAGGGAUUUAGAAAUGGUACGUUGCAGCAUGCCGGAAUUGGCCACACACACCUGUUGAAUCUUGUCACAGAUUUGCUAUAAGUCAAAAACAGAAUCCAUUAAUAUUUAUUAAGUAAAAGAUAUGGCCAAAAACCGAAAUCUGGACAGCCGGCUCAAAGUCAUGCGCAAGAGACGAGGCAGAUCACUACAUAGGAAGAUUGUCGAGUACGCCGGCCUCUUUAACCUCGAUAUUACCAUCGUCGCCCGGGAUAAGAUAAACGGGGAGUAUGAAAUAUUCCAACCCACGAGAGAUAUCAACUUCCCCCCUGCCAUGAGGGAUAUCGAACCAACAAUCUUACACACUGGUCGAAAAGGGAACGUGAACACCGAUUUCGUUCGUUUUCACCAACGGGAGCUGAUCCGUAUGGAGAAGUUGGUCAGGCGUUCCAAAGUACCUAAACCACCAAGCUCUGGCUGAAGUAGCAAGUACGCGCGCCGCC